CAAGCCGGCGCUCAAGCGCACGCCAAGUGGUUCCUGCGCCCCAAGGAGAAGAGCGUGGCCGGGCAGGUGUGCCUCAUCACCGGCGCCGGGAGUGGGCUGGGCCGGCUCUUCGCCCUGGAGUUCGCCCGCCGCCGAGCCCGCUUGGUGCUGUGGGACAUCAACUCGCAGAGCAACGAGGAGACGGCGGGCAUGGUGCGGCACAUUUACCGAGAGAUCUCCGAGGAAGCCGUGGUCGCUGCCCAGAAAGCUGGGCAUGGUGAAGAGGAAGUGCUACCUCAUUACAACUUGCAAGUUCACACAUAUACGUGUGAUGUGAGCAAAAGAGAGAAUGUAUACACGACUGCUGAGAGAGUCCGCAAGGAGGUUGGUGAAGUCUCCGUCCUGGUCAACAAUGCUGGAGUGGUUUCUGGGCACCAUCUCUUAGAAUGCCCAGAUGAGCUUAUUGAGAGGACCAUGAUGGUUAACUGCCACGCACACUUCUGGACUACAAAAGCAUUCCUUCCCAAAAUGCUGGAACUGAAUCAUGGACACAUUGUCACUGUUGCAAGUUCCCUUGGCCUAUUCAGUACUGCUGGAGUGGAGGAUUAUUGUGCCAGUAAAUUUGGAGCUGUGGGUUUUCAUGAAUCUCUGAGCCAUGAACUGAAAGCAGCAGAAAAAGAUGGUAUUAAAACAACAUUGGUUUGCCCUUACCUUGUAGACACAGGAAUGUUCAGAGGCUGCAGAAUUAGAAAAGAAAUUGAGCCAUUCCUUCCACCUUUGAAACCAGAUUACUGUGUAAAACAAGCUAUGAGAGCUAUACUUACAGACCAGCCUAUGAUUUGCACACCUCGCCUGAUGUAUAUGGUGACUUUUAUGAAAAGCAUCCUGCCUUUUGAAGCAGUAGUGUGCAUGUACCGGUUUUUGGGAGCAGACAAGUGUAUGUACCCUUUCAUUGCUCAACGAAAGCAGGCUACAAAUAACAACGAAGCAAAAAAUGGAAUUUAAUGUUUUACAAAGGACUGUUCGGUGGCUUAAUUAUGAUCAAAACUUAUGACAAUUGUGAAGUGUGUCUGCAUUUAGCAGAUGCAAUUUUUAACAUUUUACUGUGGCAUUCUUUUUGGAUCUUAUACCUGUAUAGUGAACAGAAGAUCAAUGUUUUUUACAUCCUGUAUAUAAAGCGACUCCAGAUCUUGGAAAUUGUGACAGGCAAAGCAGGUUCAUAAAAUCUAGUCACCCUUGUCAUUUUGAAACUUUACUAAAUGUACAGUAUCAUGCUACUCAUUUUUUUUGUAGAAAUAACUGUGUAAGAUUUACUCCUGAGGUUGUCAUUCAACCUAGAAGAUGGCCAGUGGUUUCAGCAACUAUUAAUUUUCUUGUGGUAUUUUCUGUGGGGUAAUCACUUUAAACAAAUGUGAUGUAACUGGGCUGUGUUUCAAGGGAUUCAGCCAGGUAAUGUGGAACAGAUGCAUCUUAAUGAAAUAUUUCCUGAUUCUUCAAAAAAAAGUAAUAUUUUAGGAAGUUUUCAAAAUGAAAUUAUUCAGGAUACUUCUCCCCUUUACUGGGAGAUAAUUUACAGCUGUGUAUAACCCUUAGUUUUUUCAGAGUCAACUUUUUUCAGACUGACAUGUAUAUUUGAAUGACGAAGGCCUAUCUAAAUCACAACUACAUAGUCUUUUCAUGACAAAAAUAAUUUAUCCAUAUUGUCACGCAUCACUCUGCAGUAAGUUGAGCUCUUGCAUAAGAUUCAAAAGCAAACUGAGCUAAGAAAAGAAGUUUAGUUUUAGUUCUUGUGCCAUUAAAAAGAUAAUCAUGGAAGAAGCGUAAAAAUGUAUUUUUACAAACCUCCACAACCUGUAUUUGAAGUAGAGAACAGAAGACAAUUUUUUUACAAUUUUUUUGUAAGAAUAAUUUUGUGCCUUGAAUUUGGUAAUCUGUAUUAGAGGAAUAUUGUAAAAGUGAACUUCUACCUCUAUAUCUAAAUGUAUACCACCCACUUGUAAAUUUAUUAUAAAAUGAAACCUAUGGUGACUUUUUAUUAGAAUGUUGUGUUAAAUAGUGACCAACCUUUGUGGUUAUUAAAGUGAUCCACUUUGUUCUUGAAAAUAUGACUUGUGUAUUGUAAAUGCCAGUAUGCCUCUGGCUAUCUUAUUAAUAAUUCUGCAGCAUUU